AUGCGUUCGGAUUACGUACAGAAUAAUUUCUCCUGGAAGAGAGAGGCAAAGCAAAAGAAGAACAUUCCUCUCGUAAUAAACAUCCUCUCGGCUCUCCUCAAACGCACAACCAACCAAAACGAUGAGCUCACGGCAUCUCAGCAGUAUCGGCGCCACCCUCCAUCAGCGGCGAAGGCCUUCUCUGGCUUAGUCAUACCGACGAUCUCCAUUCGCAGAUAUCUCGAACACAUUUAUUUUAACACUGACUGCAGUACCUGUUGCUAUGUAAUCGCCUUCAUUUACUUAGACCGGUUCCUUUAUUUCAAUCCCUCUGUCAGACUAGAUUUCUUCAAUGUUCAUCGCUUUCUCAUCACAGCCAUCCUCACAUCUGUAAAAUUCAUGGAUGAAAGAAUCCUAGGGACGUCACUCAGAGAUCCAACAGAAUUCUGGCGUUACUUGGAGAUCGAGCGAAGUUUCAGCGUCACUUGGGGAUCGGGCGAAGUUUCAGCAUCACUUGGAAGUCAGACGGAACUCUGGCGUCACUUGAAACAUGGGCGGAACUCCAACGUCACUUGA